AUGCUAUACAUUGCAUAUGAUACAGAGAACAGAAUACUUCGAGCGAAGGGCUAUAGAGUUCUGUGUCUCUGCCACCUUGGUCUCCUGCAGCUGGAUCGUGCUCAAGAAUACAUCAAUGAAGCUGAAAAGCUUGAGCCGAACGUUGUCUGUGCUUUUCUUAAGUUCAAAAUUUAUCUCCAAAAAAAUGACCACCAAGGUGCUACUAAUCAGAUAGAAGCCAUGACAACAUGCCUUGACUUUCAACCAGAUUUCCUCUCACUUUCAGCGCAUGAAGCUGUUGCAUGUCAUGCUCUACCAGUUGCUGCUGCUUCUCUAUCAAGUAUGCUGAAGUUCUACGCUUCAGGGAAGUCGAUGCCCACAGCAGAAGUAACAGUUGUGCGCACCUUGCUGACAGUCCUCUCUCAAGAACAAGGUAACGAACAGAAAGUCGUCAAAUUUUUGAAACAUGCCCAAACUCGAGCAUCGGAGAUUGGUCCCGAUUGCUUCUUUGGAAAAGAGGAGGUUGGCAGACGGGAACGGAAUUGGUUUGCCGUGACUUCGUGGAACUAUGGUACAAAAACGGGUCAGGAUAAGAACUAUGAAUUAUCAUCUAAGUUCUUAAAACUGGCGUCAGAUUUUUAUGCUCUAGUUGAGGGGUCCGAUAAUGAAAACAAUGUCUUGGUUUGUAAAUCGUUAGUGCUUUCUGUAUCAUCAAUGAUAGCGUUAGAGUUUCAAAGGAAGACACCUAUGUCAGAAACUGAAGUCAAGCAAGCUUUACACUUGCUAGAUAGAGCAGGGCAGAUGCUAAAAUCAAUUUCGGCCAGGAACUCAGUUAACGGUGACCAAAUUAAUACCAUUGAGCCUGAACUUUUUUUCGUAUACACUUUCUGUGCUUAUGAUAUACAAGGCAGGCUGAAUGACUCAGGGUCACAGCUUCUAAAUGUGAGAAACUUUGCCAGUUCAAAGGCCUGCAAACCCCACCACCUCCUUCAAAUAGGUCUCUCUGCCUCACAGGGACCACGGUUGAAUCACGAAGUAGCUUCAUUUGCUUUAAAUGAAAGCCUCUCAUCUUUCCUAUCAUCACCAGCUCCAGAUUAUCAAAAUGUUGCUCUUGUGACCCGCAAGCUUAUAUCCAUCACUAGCGUUUACAAGGGUGACACUGAUGAUGAUCUUGUGUAUGGCAUGUACAGGCAAGCCUAUAAGAUAAUGGUUGGUUUAAAGGAAGACGAGUAUCCAAUUGAAGAAGGAAAGUGGCUUGCCAUGACUGCAUGGAACCGAGCAGCAGUGCCAGUGAGGUUGGGCCAGAUUGAAGUAGGGAAGAAAUGGAUGACUGUUGGCCUGGACAUUGCUAAGCAUGUUCCUGGCAUGGAAGCUUACAAAGCAUGCAUGGAAGAAGUCCUAGGUAAUUUGAAGAAAGAACCUUGA